GACACAGUCCGACCCGCUUUGUUCUCCUUUCGCUUUGAAUAUGAACACCUUCCGUCAUCGUCUUCCUCAAACAUCCCUAGCCACGCGAAUUCCAUAGCUGCACCCGCCUUUAUUUUGUUGUGUCUGGAAUCGGAACUGUUCAUAAGCGCUUAUGCUAUAAGCUGCAAAUUAAGUUGUAUUGUAAUUGAUUGUUUAAUUUGUCACAGACGCAUCCUUGCCAGCUUUGUCUACUAUACUCAACUGCAACUGUGCAAAUAUACUAGAAAGAAGCCAUGUCGAGAAUAUGUGUGAAGAGUAUCCCUAAAUAUUAUACGGAGGAUCAUCUAAGACUAAAAUUUUCUAAGAUAGGAGAAAUAACUGAUGUCAAGCUUAUGCGUACCAUAACCGGAAAAAGUCGGCAAUUUGCUUUUAUUGGAUUUCGUACCGACCGGGAAGCUCAGGAAGCAAUUCGACAUCUUAAUAAUUCUUACUUUGACACACAAAAAAUUACUUGUGAGGUGGCUCAAAAACUUGGUGAUGCAAAUCUUCCUCGUCCGUGGAGUCAACAUUCAACAAAAAAAGUCAAUAAAGUGAUCACCCCACAUGUUAACAAUCAUGCUAGAGCUAAAGGACAUGAAGACAAUUCUAUGGAAAUUGAUGACCCAAAACUUCAAGAUUUUCUUCAGGUCAUGCAACCUCGGGCAAUGUCUAAGCUGUGGGCAAAUGAUACUUCAGUUGUAUCCAAUGAUGGUAACAACCAAGCAACAUUGAAUAAGGAGACCGAAAGGACAUCAGUUGCAAACCAUCCUAUCUUAAGCGACUCACAAGUAGAUGAAUUACCAAAAAACCCUAAAUCCGAUAAGAAACGUGAGCUUAAGCAUGAUGGAGUAAUCUCUGAUAUGGAUUAUUUCAAGAGCAAAUUAACAACGGAGUGGUCUGAUUCUGAAAGCAGUGAUGAUGACAAUGGCGAUGACAACAGUGAUUCGGCGUCUUCUGAUGACGAUGACAAAGAUAAACCUAGUCAUACUACUGAACAUGAAGAAAAUCGUGGUAAUAACCCUGUUGAAAGAACCCCAAGAAGUGGUGCUCAAGAGUUAGAUCUAGAAGACCAAGAAAAUACUGUUGGAAAGGAUGUAGCCAAUGAUAAGUCUCAAGUGAAUGCAACUGAGGAAGAGGGGCAAUUAUCAAAUCCAGAACAUAAGAAAGGAGUUUCUGAGCCGUGUCGACUGUUUGUCCUUAAUCUGCCAUAUUCGACCACUGAGGAGGAACUGGAAGAGCAUUUCAGUCAGUUUGGCAGUGUCUCACAGGUUCAUUUGCUUGUUCAUGAGGUUACAAAACGAUCCAAAGGAAUAGCUUUUAUUCAUUUUUCAGUUCCAGAAUUUGCAGCCAGGGCGCUAGAAGAGUCGAACAAUUCAAUCUUCCAGGGGAGAUUAUUGCGUGUUAUACCAGCUAAAAGCAAUGAAGAGAACAAGGACCAAGGCUCUAAAACUCACAAACAACGAAGAGAGGAAGAAAGGAAAGCAGCUGAAGCUAAAGGAGAUACCAGAGCAUGGAAUAGUCUGUUCAUGCGCCAGGAUACAAUUACAGAAAACGUUACUCGGAAACAUGGUGUUAGUAAAAGUGAUUUAUUGGGUCCAGAAGCUGAUGAUGUUGCUGCAAAUGUUGCUCUGGGAGAAACUGAUGUGAUUUUAGAAACAAAAAAUGCAUUUAAAAAGGCUGGAGUGAAUGUGGAGUCUUUGGAGGAGCUUGCGGAGGGUAAAGUUUAUGGCGUUAAAAGAAGUAACCAUGUACUUUUAGCAAAAAAUUUGCCAUAUGGUGCUACGGAAAAUGAACUUGCAGAGAUGUUUGGGAAAUUUGGUAGUUUGGAUAAAAUAAUUCUCCCCUCGACAAGAACAUUGGCCCUGGUUAUUUUUCUCGAACCAGCAGAAGCUAAAGCUGCUUUUGGAGGUUUAGCUUACAAGAAAUACAGGGCUGCUCCCUUAUACUUGGAGUGGGCUCCUUCCGAUGUUCUUAGCCCAAAAUCACAAUCUAAAAAUGAUGAGGUGAAUAAUGGAAUAUCUGAAAAGGAUGUCAAGCGAGUGAUAUUAGAGAAAGAUGUGGAAAAAAUAUCAGAUGUUGAUAUUGAUCCGGACAGAAUAGAGGCUCGGUCCCUGUUUGUCAAGAACCUAAAUUUCAAGACAACAGAUGAGGGUUUGAGGGAACAUUUCAGUAAACACAUGAAAGAGGGACGGAUUUUGAGUGUCAAGGUGAAGAAGCAUUUGAAAAAAGGGAAAAAUGUUUCUAUGGGAUUUGGAUUUGUUGAGUUUGACUCUGCAGAGACUGCUACAAGUGUUUGCAACGAUUUACAGGGGGCUGUUUUGGACAGUUAUGCUCAUAUUUUACAACCUUGUCAUGUCAAGAAUGUUGGUAAAGUACAAAAGAAAGUUGAGAAAGACAAGAGUUCAACUAAGUUGCUUGUGAGAAAUGUUGCUUUUGAGGCAACAAAGAAGGAUCUGAGACAGUUAUUUAGCCCAUUUGGCCAGAUUAAAAAAUUAAAAUUGCCAAUGAAGUUUGGAAAUCAUAGAGGCUUUGCUUUUGUGGAGUAUGUUACUCAGCAGGAGGCACAAAAUGCUCUUACAGCACUCUCAAGCACCCACUUGUAUGGCAGACAUCUGGUGAUUGAGAGAGCAAAAGAAGGUGAGAGUUUGAAGGAACUGCGAGCUAGAACUGCUGCUCAAUUUAAUGAACAUAGUGGAUUUCAAGAUACUAACUUAUCCAAGAAAAGGAAGGCCAUCAGUAUGUUAGAUGAAGGAAAUAUGAAAUUUAAAAGGUUUGAUUAGUGCUUCGUUCAGGGAUGGUAAUUUUGUAGGUUGUAGUAAAUUGUUUAAUUUGUCGCUGCUCGGUGUGCUUAUUUAUUUAUUACUAUGUUUAAAAGAUGCAGCAAAAUGAAAUGGUCAUGAAUAUUUUGAGUUUGC